AUUAGUUGCAUUUAAAUGAUUACUUGCGUAAGUCUUAGAUCUCAUUAUAAUAUUUUGCAAGAUUAUUGUGUGAAUUAGGUCGUCCUUUUGCCAAAUCGGUAUAACAGAUAAGUAUAAGUAAUAAAUAAAAUAAAUCCGAUUAUUUACUGUCAUCAAUUGAGCCUGCCUCCCAAUACGUGUCAAAUUCUCGUUGAUGUCAUAUGUCAUUCUGCAACGUCAAACAAGCGUUAGUGGUUAGCGUCUUACUUGGUUAUAAAUUAUGAUUAUUUUCUAUAAUUUUAAAGCUUAAUUUGUAAACCACGAUGGCUGCAGGACCAAUUGCAGAAAGAAAUCAAGAUGCAACGAUUUACGUUGGUGGUUUGGACGACAGAGUCACAGAAAGCCUGCUUUGGGAACUAUUUGUUCAAGCUGGACCUGUCGUGAAUGUUCAUAUGCCAAAGGACCGAGUGACACAAACUCAUCAAGGAUAUGGAUUUGUUGAAUUUAUGGGAGAAGAAGAUGCCGAUUAUGCAAUAAAGGUCAUGAAUAUGAUAAAACUAUAUGGAAAGCCUGUAAGGGUAAAUAAAGCGUCUGCACACCAGAAGAACCUUGAUGUGGGAGCUAAUGUGUUCAUUGGUAAUCUUGAUCCCGAGGUAGAUGAAAAACUAUUGUAUGAUACAUUUUCUGCAUUCGGUGUCAUAUUGCAGACGCCUAAGGUUAUGAGAGACCCCGAGACUGGUAACUCAAAAGCAUUUGCAUUUAUAAACUUUGCAUCCUUCGAAGCCUCCGAUGCGGCCAUAGAGGCUAUGAAUAAUCAGUACUUGUGCAACCGUCCUAUAUCUGUCUCUUAUGCAUUUAAGAAAGAUGUUAAGGGAGAAAGGCAUGGUUCCGCAGCUGAAAGGUUACUGGCAGCACAAAAUCCUUUAUCGCAUGCAGACAGACCUCACCAGCUGUUUGCAGAUGCGCCACCUAUAAUGGGUCCACUGUUGAUGGCUCCUCCUCCACCACCGACGCCAAGUCCGAUGCCGCCUGGCCCUCCGUUGACAUCGCGACCUCCAUUGCCAAUGGCUGCUCCCCCACCACCUCCCUCAACAAUGCCUCCACCUGGGCCACCUCCACCCCCAGGGCCCCCACCCCCUCCGCCGCCAUUUCAUCAUUUCCCCCCUCCUCCAUUCGGACCCCCUGGCUUUGGCCCACCACCCCCUCCUGGAGCGAGGCCCCCACCAUGGAGGCCACCCCCACCGUCUUUCAGGCCCCAAUACCGACCGCCACCGUUUGGUCAUCCCCCUUUCCCGCACCACCCGCCUGAACCAAACUAUAACUAUUAAGUCUUUAAGAAAUAUAGGGUAAUUUAACGUA